AUGCCCUGUACAUUAGAUUAUUCGUUUGUUAAAGAAUGUUCUUGGAAACCUGAUUUAUUUAAAGACAAAGUUGUUUUCAUUACGGGUGGAUCCGGUACCAUUUGUAGAGUGCAAGCUGAGGCGCUAGUGUUAUUAGGUUGUAAAGCUGCUCUUGUGGGGAGAGAUGAGGAAAAAUUAUAUGAAACCUCUCGAGAGCUUUGUGAUUUAGUUAACGACAAGGAAAGAUGUUUGGCUAUCCCAAAAGUUGAUGUUAGGGAAUUCAAAGAUUUAGAAAAUGCUGUGAAUCUAACACUGAAAAAAUUUGGGAGAAUUGAUUUUGUUAUCGCAGGAGCCGCUGGUAAUUUUAUCUGUGACUUCAUGAAUUUAAGUCCUAAUGCUUUUAAAUCAGUGGUAAAUAUAGACCUUUUAGGUUCUUUUAAUACAGUGAAAGCUGUUACCCCAGCAUUAUUGAAAUCGAAAGGUUCCAUAUUAUUCGUAUCUGCGACAUUCCAUUAUUAUGGUGUACCUUUCCAAGGUCCAGUUGGUGCGGCAAAAGCAGGAAUUGAUGCUUUAUCAAAUAAUCUUGCUGUGGAAUUGGCUCCUUUGGGAAUUCGUUCUAAUUGUAUAGCACCUGGUGCAAUUGAUGACACUGAGGGAUUCAAGAGAUUAUCCAAACCUGAAUUGGUUGAAAGUGUCAAGAAAAUGAUUCCAUUACAACGUCUAGGUACAAAGAGAGAUAUCGCAGAGGCUACUGUCUUUAUGUUUUCACCAGCGGCAAAUUAUAUAAACGGUCAUGUCAUAGUCGUCGAUGGUGGAAUGUGGCAUACAGGAACCCUGUUUACAAAGGAGUUAUAUCCACAUGAUAUAAUUAAGAAUGCUGAAAGAGCCAUCUCCAAAUUGUAG